GAAAGAGAAAAAGGGGAAAAGCGGUAAAAAAAAGGGAAAAAUAAAAAAAAAUUCAAGGGAAAAGGCGGGAAAAAAAGGAAGAAAUAAAAAGAAAAGGGAAGAAGAGGAAAAAGACUGUCCGUUUUGUCAAGAUGGGACAAGUGCAGAAGCCUCAGUCCAACACAGACAAGAACACUGAAGGCAAACGCACGCUGCCUUUCCGCCAUCCCGACUUCUCUGAUGACCAAAUUCGCCAGCUGACAGACAUCGCCAGGUCCUAUCGCUCCUCCUCCUCGGUGGGGUCCAAACGCUCCACCUCCAGGCCCCCUUCAGGAUGCUCCUCCCCCAUCCUGUCCCCCACCGUGCAGCGCCUGAGAGCAGAAGGCUUCCCACCACUGGCUCGCUGUGGCUCUGACCCACUCCUGCACGGGGCGGCCCCUCCACAGCACGCCAUGAACACCGGCUCCCUCCCCGCUGACCUCCUGCCCCCCGCCCCUUCCUCUCCCUCCCCCACCCAGCACCCCCACCACAACCACCACCACCAGCGCCGCCACCACCGCAGGGUCAAGUCCACGGAUGCCGCCGCUAGAGAUCCGGGAGACGGCGGCAGCGGUGGAGGCGGCGGAGGAGCAGGUGGAGGCAGCAGCAGCGCCCCUCACCCUUAUCUGACAAGCGGGGCGUCUAUUGGUGGGGUGGGGACGGCGGCGGCGGGCGGGGGGCGGGCCAGUGACAAGGAGCUGCUAGGAUUGUUGAUGUCACGUUUAGUUGCAAUGGAGGCUCAGCUGUCCCACGCAAGGCAGACUCUCAGACAGCGGGACUUUCACAUUGCAGUGCUCGAGGAGAAACUAAGGCUCUAUAUGAAGGCGGAGGAGGAUGCCGUAGGAAGCAAGGUAGGAUUCCUGGACAAACUUAAGGACUCAAGAAUGGCGUCUGUGGAGGAGAAAUGCCUCAAGCUGGAGAGACAAGUGAUGGAGAUGGAGAGGUUCUUGAGUGAGUACGGCAUGGUGUGGUGUGAAGCGGAGGAAACCUAUCUUCUGGACAACCCCGUCAACGCCUCCUGCAGCUACUCCUCUUCAGAAGCCACCUCCCCCAACGCCACGCCCUCCCACGGCCAGAGGACACACCCGAGGGUCAGGAUUAAGCGCCACAGGAGGAACCACAAGAACAAGGAGGUGAGGCGCGUGGUAGCAGAGUCCACAUCAAGAAGUAUCUCAUCUGAGGCGGAACCUUUCAGUCUGGACUACGAGAAGCUGUUGGCGGCAAUAACAGAACUCAAUAUUGUGGCGCAGGGGGACGCGGCGGCCGAGGCCGGGGAGAGCCUACAACUGACCCUGUACAAGAAUGGCAUAGUGGUGGAUGACGGGAGGUUCCGAAGCUUCGAGACUGUGCAGACGAGACAGUUCCUGCAGGAUAUUCUGGACGGCUUCUUCCCCAGCGAGCUCCAGGACACCUACCCUGAAGGCGUGCCCAUCAAGGUGCGCGACAAACGGCAAGUCAUCUUCCUGCCAAACUCCUCCCGCCGGAAGCCCGCCCCACGGCCCCCCGUGCCCCCAAAGCCUCGCCUGCCCCCCGCCCAGGCCGACUCCCUCACUUCCGUUACCUCCACCCUCUUCAGCAGCAUCUCGGAGCCUGAGCCGCGCCCCCCAGAUCACGCCCUGCCCCCCACCGACCUGGAGGAGCCUCCCUUGGCCCCUCCCGCCUCGCACUCAGACGUGGGGGAUCCUUCGCGGUUGUGCCCCGAGGUGGACUACCGCAGCGAGUCCAGCGACGUGAGCAGCAGCAGGAACUCCCUCCAGCGGGGCAGCGACAAGUCUGAGGGGGAGGGGAAGGCGGAGGGGCGGCGCGGCAGUGAGGGGCGGCGCGGUAGUGAGGGACGGCGUGGCAGUGAGGGGAGGCGUGGCAGUGAAGGACGAGGGGGUGAAGGACGCGGUGGCAGUGAGGGACGGCGUGGCAGUGAAGGACGGGGCGGUGAGGGCGGCAGGCGUGGCAGUGAGCUGUGGCGACCGGCGGAGGCAGUGACACCAGUGGCGGCUAUCACGGCGGUGGCGGCGGCAGUGGGCGGGACGCGGCGGGAGCCCAGGCGGGAGGCGGAGGGGCGGCGCGGGUCUGACCACCGCACACACCAGUGCCGCAGGGGGUCAGAGUGUCGGCGCAGCAGCGAGCUGGCCCGCACCACGCUGGACCUGGACCUGGGCCGCCGCGCCACCGCCAAGCACCCGCUGGAGUGGAACCGCAUCAACCGCACGGCCUUCCUCCUCACCGACGACACCUUCGAUUCCAACGGCAACCACAUGCGGCGCGGCAGCCUGGGCGUCAUGGCCGGCGACCCCUACGACGUGGAGAGCCUGAGGAAGCGGCGCACCUCCGUGGAGGACUUCCUGGCCAAGGUGCCCACGUGUGUCGUCAAGAACGGCAAGAUUGUCAACCUCAGGGAGGAGGUCGCCGACAUGCUCAUGGGCCCCUCCCGCAAGAACUCCCUCACUCUGGUACACACACCUGUGCUGGACGAGGCAGGUGAGAGUCAGGAGAGCAACGAGGCGGACUCUCAGGAUCAACACCACACCACCACCACCAUCACCACUACGGACACCCACCAAGAAGCCACCGCCACCACAGCCGCCGCCGCAGCUGCUGUCGUCACCACCACCACGACACCUCAUCACCAUCACCACCACCACCAUCACCAUGACCACGGUCCCACGAGAACUACCUUACGAAUCAAGGUUGAGAAUGGUAGCGAGACUUACCUCAUCAAACUGAAGGCAUCUGACACCCUGAACACGCUGCGCUCAUACCUCAAGUCCUACCGGGGAGACAAUGAGGACUUCCUUAUCGUGAAGACCUACCCGUACCAGGUGUUGGAGCAGGGCGAGGCCACAAUGGCGGAGUUGGGUCUCACUCCAAAUGCCGCGUUGCACCUCAAGGUAGCCUCCAGACAGCCUGCCGGGGAUAGCCUCUCUCUAGGUGGUGCCAUGGCAGCCGUCACCUCCCUCAGCGCCUCAGGACCCACCACGGCGCCCCCACAGCAGCACACAGCCCCGCCCCCGUACUCUCCGACCCGCAGAAGAGUGCCCUCACCAGCUCUGCCUCAGAUCCCCCCAAAUCUCCACCCUGAUCUCUUGCCGCCGCCAGUGCCGCUCCUCUGCUUCCCUGAUGCCCAUGACGCCUCUGACAGGGAGUCCUAACGUUCGCGACACUCACAUUGUUCCCCCGAGGCCCUCCCUGCCCUUCGCGGUGUCGCUGGUCGCAGGCCGCCAGCUACCCCGCCCCGCGCCGCGCCGCCCUAAGGGUGCGCCAGGAUGUGUUGCCUUGCCCGUACCCUGUCUGCACGGCGAGGCACGUGUAGGCUUCUGUGUUAUAUAGAAAAGCAUAUCACACACACACACACACACACACACACAAAAGAGAACACUUAACUAAAGACAAGCAUCUGUAGUAGAUGUGUUACGGGACCAAGGAGAGAGAGAGAGAGAGAGAGAGAGAGAGAGAGAGAGAGAGAGAGAGAGAGAGAGAACAUAUACAAGAUAGCCAUCUAGAUAAGUCAGAUCGGCAAAUGGUGAGACAAGGGAUGUGAUACAUACAUACACACACACACAUGCGUGUUCUCGAGUAUAUUUUGGUGUCAAAAUAUUUUUGCUGUGAGAAAUGGCAUGUCUGUCCUGCAGCCUGCCAGCAGGUCUGAAAUACAUAUAUCAUUGUAUAUGAAA